GUAAAGCUUCUCCUAAGAUGAUAUGGAACAAAAGGUAUGGUGAAUAGGGAGGGCGAGAUAAACAUAUAGAUAGAGUCAGUUAUAUAAAACUUGCAUAAAGCCCCUAACGUGGGUUGUCUACUUUUACCAAUGGUAUGCCAUGAUGGGGUUCAUUUAAAUUCCUAGGCUGCCAUACGGUCUGAAAGGCAACAUAGGCCCAGCAAACCAAUCUGGCAAGCUUCAAUGUGCAAACAUGGAAAAGGGGAAAGCCCUACACUGACCCCUGUAAGUUUGCAACACCCCAUAAAACCUGUACAUUGGGGGCACUGCUGUACUCGGGAGACAUUUCUGAAUACAAAUAUGUGUAUUUUAUUGCAGUAACAGCUAACAGUAUUAUGACAUUCACAGUUAAAAUGCCAUGCAGAACAUUUCUUAAUUUCUCAUACUUUUUUACAUUUUAUUAAUAUUAAAUUAUGUUUCAGCUAUAAAUAUUUGAUAUGCUAUGAAAGCCCUGUUUCUCCUGAACAAAAUUAUAUAAGUGUGGGUGCACUUAAUAUGAAAGAGGUGAAUUACGGUUGGACAGACAUGUAGCGCAAAUGCCAGGUUUUGUUUACAUUUUGUUUUGAUCACAACAUGUACAUUUGGCUCCGUCCUUAAGGGGUUAAAGGUAGAAUAACUUCUCUUUGGCUACCUGUGGCAAAUAAAAGGCUUUAAAAUGGAAAUUCUUGGGUUGCUGUGCCAAGGGUGCCCCAGCUGGGACUGCUGGCCAUUUUUGGUUAUUGCUCAGACUCCUGUUAUAUACUGUGUAUAUUCUGUAUUCCCUGAGACUGUCUCAUUAUACCCCCAAAAUGUGUGUACACUCUGUAUUCCCUGAGACUGUCUCAUUAUACCCCAAUAAUGUGUGUACACUCUGUGUACUCCUAGACUGUCUCAUUAUACCCCAAAAAUGUGUGUACACUCUGUAUUUACAUAGACUGUCUCAUUAUAGACCAAUAAUGUGUGUACACUCUCUAUUUACAUAGACUGUCUCUUUAUACCCCAACAAUGUGUGUACGCUCUGUAUUCCCUGAGACUGUCUCAUUAUACCCAAAAAAUGUGUGUACACUCCCUAUUCAGAGACUGUAUCAUUUUAUCCCAAUAAUGUUUGUAGACUCUCUAUUUACAUAGACUGUCUCAUUAUACUCCAAUAAUGUGUGUAUACUCUGUGUACUCCUAGACUGUCUCAUUAUACCCCAAUAAUGUGUGUACACUCUCUAUUCACAGAGACUGUCUCAAUAUACCCCAAUAUUGUGUGUACACUCUGUAUUCACAGAGACUGUCUCAUUACACCCCAAUAACGUGUGUACACUCUCUAUUCACAGAGACUGUCUCAAUAUACCCCAAUAUUGUGUGUACACUCUGUAUUCACAGAGACUGUCUUAUUACACCUCAAUAAUGUGUGUACACUCUCUAUUCACAGAGACCGUCUCAUUAUACCCCAAUAAUAUGUGUACACUCCGUGUACUCUGGACGCUCUCAUUUUCCCCCUAUAGUAUAAAUUCUCCCAAUUUAAGCUCAGACUGCACAUUAUUUACUGUAUGGUUUAGUUUCAGGGUCACUCUUUGAAAUUGGAGGAAAACCAUCUCUUAUCACUCUUUGUGUUGAUAACAAACUGCCGUGUUUAUUCUAACAACAUUGUGACAUUUCUGGUCUGUAUUAAUUGUUUUUUUCCCAAAGCAGGCAGAAUGUGUUUACACUCUGUUACAUAUUGUUAUAGACAGUGCUUGGCUCGGAGAACGCCAGGUUUAUAUCCAGACAACCUCCGUGUAAUGUUUCCAGUUCUGUUUGAGAGUAAUGUGUUGUUCUGAGCUCUCGUCUUGUUUGUUGUUUUCUAAUGUUUGCCUUCACAGGUUGGCUACUUUGAUAUUCAUAUUACGGCCUCUAACUAUAUCCUUCCCAUAGGAAUGUUAACGUGGCCCUACGCCUCUUAUAAAACUAUCAUUGCAUCUUUAGAGGAAGGAACUAAACUGGGUCUCCCAACUGUAUUAAACUAUCCCUUAUAGAGGCAGGAGUAUAAAAGGUAAUAAUAUUAAGAAUAUUAGCUACGUAGUAGUUUAUAUAGAAAGAUUCAUCAAACUCAUUAGGCUGAUGCCUUUCGCCACGGGUAAUAUUUUGGCUUUGUGACGUUAUUGGAAUCCAGAUCCUUUAUGUAUUUUAAUUGGAAGGAUACAUGUUGGAGUUUUCCGUUUCUGACUAAUGGCCGACUGAUGUAAGUUAGGGUCCAUUGUGAGACACACAGUUCAUUUCUACCUCACUACAUGAUCAAACAUUGUGGGAGAUUUCGUAGUAAUGCACCAUUAAUUCCUGGACUCACGACUCUAUAAUGCCUCUCAUCUUUGAGUUGCCGUGAGGAUCCGUUUUCUAUCCCGGGCUGCCUUACCUGUCGGACAAGUACAAGUUCUUAGCCCCAACAUACCGGUAAUGGUAGUAGAAGAUCUGUCUGCAGCAGAUCACGUGUCUCUGUAGCUCUGUUAGAAUUGACUGGCCAUUCUCCAUUAACGGACACCUAUAGUUCCAAAAAAAAUAACAAUCGUUAAGGGCUAUAGCUACCUUUCUUUCCACCAUCCUUUGGAUUUAAAAAAUGAAAGUUAAUAAUUAUUCACCUGGUUUCCAGCACCCGGAGUCCCCUACUGCAGCCUCCAGCUUUGUCUAUCAACCCAUUCCUUUUCUAUUGGAACUAGACAUGUGGCCAUAGGCCGAGCUCCUUCAAUUUCAGCAGCAUUUCAUUCCAGGAGUGAGUUAGGAAGACAGCAACUAGAGCUGGAUUUAACCCUGGAAUGUAAAAGUUCCAGGUUCUACAAAAUAACAAUGUUUGACACUGCAUUGAGAUGACGUAGUCUGGGUGACUUUACAGCAUUAUCAUGGAUUCCGCUGUACCUGCCCUCCAAGUGACUAUCUACGUGUUAUGUAAAUACCCCAUAAAUACCAGAAACAAGAAACACGAAAACAUAGAUUGCUCUGGGGCAACAGGAACCAAGAAGGACAAGGUUAAACACUCAGUCAACAAUCACAAUGUGGGAAUAAAUUGGCAAUGCAGCAGGAGACGUACAGCAAUGCAGCGGGAGACGUACAGCAAUGCAGCGGUAGACGUACAGCAAUGCAGCAGGAGAAGUACCGCAAUGCAGCGAGAGACGUACAGCAAUGCAGCGAGAGACGUACAGCAAUGCAGUGGGAGACAUACAGCAAUGCAGCAGGAGAAGUACUGCAAUGCAGCGAGAGACGUACAGCAAUGCAGCAGGAGAAGUACCGCAAUGCAGCGAGAGACAUACAGCAAUGCAGCAGGAGACGUACAGCAAUGCAGCGAGAGACACAUACAGCAAUGCAGCAGGAGACACGUACAGCAAUGCAGCGGGAGACACGUACAGCAAUGCAGCGGGAGACACGCGCAGCAAUGCAGCAGGAGACACGUGCAGCAAUGCAGCAGGAGAAGUACUGCAAUGCAGCGAGAGACGUACAGCAAUGCAGCAGGAGAAGUACCGCAAUGCAGCGGGAGAUGUACAGCAAUGCAGCGAGAGACCUACAGCAAUGCAGCGGGAGAUGUACAGCAAUGCAGCGAGAGACACAUACAGCAAUGCAGCAGGAGACACGUACAGCAAUGCAGCAGGAGACACGUGCAGCAAUGCAGCAGGAGACACGUACAGCAAUGCAGCAGGAGACACGUGCAGCAAUGCAGCAGGAGACGUGCAGCAAUGCAGCAGGAGACACGUGCAGCAAUGCAGCAGGAGACACGUGCAGCAAUGCAGCAGGAGACACGUGCAGCAAUGCAGCAGUAGCUGUACAGCAAUGCAGCAGGAGACACGUGCAGCAAUGCAGCAGGAGAUGUACAGCAAUGCAGCAGGAGACACGUACAGCAAUGCAUAUAAAAAGCUCAAGUGGCGCUUAAAAAGUGCAGCUAGUUAUCACUGUGGAACCAAUUACGAUAAUUCCACCAUUAAAAACACAGCAAACUAAGUAAACAGCGCACAAAAUAGAUAAAUAAAUAUGGAUUAUAUCUUAAUUAAUCUAUACGUGUAAUAACACCUUUCAAAUGUGACAUAAAACUUAUAGAAACACACAGGGCCGGCCUUAGGCCUUUUGGCGCCCUGUGCGAAAAAUCUUCACUGUGCCCCUCCCCCCCCCCAACAUCCAUGUAUGAUGUAAUGUUUGUGUUGUCUGUGUAUGUGAUAGGUGUGAUGACUGUGCGUGAUAUGUAUGUGUUGGCUAUGUGUGAUAUUUGUAAUGGGUGUAUUAACAGCGUGUGAUAUGCGUGUAUUGGUUGUAUGUGAUAUUUGUGCUGGGUUUAUUGGCUGUGUGUGAUGGUUAUUUAAUUCAGAUAAAAACAUGCAUUUAAGCCUGUGUGUGAAUGCAGGUGUAUAUUUUGGCAGAGUUAUGUGCACACAGUCAGAUGCACACAGUUAUACAUAUACACUGUCAAAUCCACCACAUGCACACAGUCGCAGGCAGAUAGUCACAUACACAGGAUCAGGUAGAAACACAUAGGUACAGGCAGUAACACACAUACACAGUUACAGGCAGAUAAACACACUCACACACAAUUAUACAUACACACACAGACACACAGGCAGACAGUCACACACACAGACACACACAUACACAGGCAGACAGUCAUACACACACACACACACACACACACAGGCAGACAGUCACACACACACACACACACACAGGCAGUCAUGCACACACACAGACACACACGCAGACAGUCAUACACACACACACAGGCAGACAGUCACACUCACACUGACAAUCACACAGUUACCUGUGGAGUUAAUUGUGGACGCAGUGCAGCUCCUGGAGACUGUUUGGUGGGGCAGCAGUUAUCCGGCGCUUUUAGCUCUGCCCCGUUGCACGGGAAGCCCCGCCACGUCGCACGGUAAGCUCUUUUUUUUUUUUUAUUCCGGUCGGCCGUGUGUGAGCUGUGUCGGCCGCAGAGUGUCCCCUGCGCCAUGGUGCCCUGUGCGGCCGCACAGCUCGCACACCCUUACACACAUUUACCCAAAUCACUGCAGAAGUUAGAAAGCAAUACACUCUCCUAGGCUAGUAUAGCAAUCACAGGUAAUAUCCCCUUAAGGUAUCACAAUCACAUUUAUAUGGGCCUUAAAGGGUUUCAAUACUGCUAGGAAAACAAACCCAUUUUCCUGGCACUAUAGAAUCCCACAGUUGGGACCUGUCCCUCGGCGCUGGGUUAGGAUCUGACAACGCUCCAUUCUGCCGAAGUCAGCCGGCGGUGAGGGUGACCUAAUGCACAUUUAUUAAUGCUUUCUUAUGGGUAAAAAUCUGACGCUGAAGGUCCUCAUGCAGAGCGUGAGGACGUCCAGCAUCAGAUACUGGACCAAAGGUCUGUUUCAAACCAGGAAGUUCCUGGUAGACAGCCACCAGAGGAGCAGUUAACCCUAGCAGGUUAUUAGUGCAGUUUUAUGCACAGGAUUAAGGGUGAAGGGAAUAUGCACCCAGACCACCUCCAAGCGCUGAAGUGGUAUGGGUGCCUACAGUUUAAGGAUAACUGACUCAAGUAAUACAGCUCAAGUGUGAUAGUUGUGGCUCCAAACCGAAACAAAGUAUUCACACAAGUCCAUUUGCACAAGUCUACCAUCCUAUAAAGAUUCUGUUUCCACGGCUACGUCUUCCAUAGGUCCAGUUACAAUGUCUAUCCCUGCAUCGUUCCCUUUAGAGAGUGUAAUGCUGCCUAUAUCCCCUGCAUUGCCCCCUAUAGAUUCAGCAAUUCUAGAUAUCACUUAUCUCCUGGCUAUCAUUCCCUACAGAUUCUGUGGUCUUGGCUAUCAUUCCCUGCAGAUUCUGUGGUCUUGGCUAUCAUUCCCUAUAGAUUCUGUGGUCUUGGCUAUCAUUCCCUGUAGAUUCUGUGGUCUUGGCUAUCAUUUCCUGUAGAUUCUGUGGUCUUUGCUAUCAUUCCCUAUAGAUUCUGUGGUCUUGGCUAUCAUUUCCUGUAGAUUCUGUGGUCUUGGCUAUCAUUCCCUAUAGAUUCUGUGGUCUCGGCUUUCAUUCCCUAUAGAUUCUAUGGUCUUGGCUAUCAUUCCCUGUAGAUUCUGUGGUCUUGGCUAUCAUUCCCUAUAGAUUCUGUAGUCUUGGCUAUCAUUUCCUAUAGAUUAUGUGGUCUUGGCUAUCAUUCCCUAUAUAUUUGGUGGUCUUGGCUAUCAUUCCCUAUAGAUUCUGUGGUCUUGGCUAUCAUUCCCUGUAGAUUAUAUGGUCUUGGCUAUCAUUCCCUGUAGAUUAUAUGGUCUCGGCUAUCAUUCCCUGCAGAUUCUGUGGUCUUGGCUAUCAUUCCCUGUAGAUUCUGUGGUCUUGGCUAUCAUUCCCUGUAGAUUCUGUGGUCUUGGCUAUCAUUCCCUAUAGAUUUUGUGGUCUUGGCUAUCAUUCUCUAUAGAUUUUGUGGUCUUGGCUAUCAUUCUCUAUGGAUUCUGUGGUCUUGGCUAUCAUUCCCUGUAGAUUAUAUGGUCUUGGCUAUCAUUCCCUGUAGAUUCUGUGGUCUUGGCUAUCAUUUCCUGGAGAUUCUGUGGUCUUGGCUAUCAUUCCCUGUAGAUUCUGUGGUCUUGGCUAUCAUUCCCUAUAGAUUCUAUGGUCUUGGCUAUCAUUCCCUAUAGAUUUUGUGGUCUUGGCUAUCAUUUCCUGUAGAUUCUGUGGUCUUGGCUAUCAUUCCCUAUAGAUUCUGUGGUCUUGGCUAUCAUUCUCUAUAGAUUCUGUGGUCUUGGCUAUCAUUCCCUAUAGAUUUUGUGGUCUUGGCUAUCAUUCCCUAUAGAUUUUGUGGUCUUGGCUAUCAUUCCCUGUAGAUUCUGUGGUCUUGGCUUUCAUUCUCUAUAGAUUCUGUGGUCUUGGCUAUCAUUCCCUGUAGAUUAUAUGGUCUUGGCUAUCAUUCCCUGUAGAUUCUGUGGUCUUGGCUAUCAUUCCCUAUGGAUUCUGUGGUCUUGGCUAUCAUUCCCUAUAGAUUUUGUGGUCUUGGCUAUCAUUCCCUAUGGAUUAUGUGGUCUUGGCUAUCAUUCCCUGUAGAUUCUGUGGUCUUGGCUAUCAUUCCCUGUAGAUUCUGUGGUCUUGGCUAUCAUUUCCUGUAGAGUAUGUGGUCUUGGCUAUCAUUCCCUGUAAAUUCUGUGGUCUUGGCUAUCAUUCUCUAUAGAUUCUGUGGUCUUGGCUAUCAUUCCCUGUAGACUUAGUGGCCUUAGACAUCAUUUUCUGUAGAUUCAGUGUACUUGACUAUCAUUCUCUGUAGACUCAGAUGACCUGGCUAUUUCUGCACCAUCCCAUAUAUAUUUAGUGACCUUGCCUACAUUUUUCAUAUCUCUGAAUUCCACUAUGGUGACCUAUAUAUGGACACAACUAAUGAGAUCCAAGCAUGAGGGUGACCAAGGGCUGCACUCUUUUCAGGGAUACUAUCGUGCAUGCCACCCACACCUGUAAAUCUUGGUGUCUGCUUGAAAGGGGAAUGUCAAGAGGUCUGAUCCCAGCAGCCGUACGGAUUCAGAGGCUGGAACACUGGUUCAAGAUCAACUGUUUAUUGGUGCUACACUGAAGAUUUGGCAAUAGAUCAGAUUAAAAUUUUCACAUGCGACUCCAGAUUGGCUGAUGUACCCGGUGACGGGAAAUCCGGCAUAAUCCCCUGGACUGGAGAGGGACGUACUGGACUUCUUGGGGAAGAGCCCCUACGUUCGCCUUCCAGAUGUGUGUCGCAAGUCGGCGCUGAUUCCCCUUGCUGAUCUGCUACCGGAUAGAACACCCACAGCUAUGGAAUCACUUCGAUACCAUCAACUCCGCCACUUUGUUUCACUGAUGUCUCACACGAUUAAACUGCACAGAUCUCUGAUGGCUAUGGAAGAUCUCUGCAGAAGGACGUAACCUUUGUACCAUGGUAUAGCCACACUUUAUCAACUAUUUUCCCAUCCAUAUACAGAUUAUUUCAAAGCCAGAUUAUAUAUGUAUAAUUGGGGAUCUUUUAGCUCACUCACGUGUCCUUGUAGCGAUUUUGUAGCAAUAGGGCAAGGGAUCCCCCUUCUCAGGAUCAGGUCUGCAGGCUGCGCAGGUAUUUCCCUGCCUCCUCGCAAGGUCCAGCGUCCUCCACAGUUCUGCAUUCUUAUGCUGCUGCAACCAGGCAGACCUCCAUAGUAGCCUGUCGGCAACUGCAAAUCGCGCGUUACCCCACUCGAGACGCCCAGGUCUCACAGCUUGUCUAGACAACACCUCCGUUGUUGAAAUGCUGGGUUCUUGCUAAAGAUUUCUUUAGAUCGAUGCCCUGUAUCAUCAAUCCUCCGUCAGCACAUUAUUUCAAAACUGGGGUGUUCUCCCUCCAUUGUCCUUCACCCGGCUCCUAAACCCACGAGCGUAGUGAGCGUGCUAUGUCAUUGCUCCUCCCACCACACUUUAUCAACUACUAAUGGGUGCGGAGAUACAUCCCCCUCUCAGGUUCCAAUCCUAAUGGGAGGAAGCACUCCAAAUGACACUGACGACCCAGGAAUUAGACAAAAUUGCUCACUACACUUGGCUUAGUUCGAUUUGUGAGAACUACAGAGAAACCAACUAUAAAAUCCUCACCCACUGGUAUGAUACCUCGCAAAAAAUAAAGGCGUCCUUCUGAGAAACUGCAAUUAUUACACAUGCAGGGUUAAAGAGAUUGGGACACUGCACCCAGACCACUUCAAUGAGCUGAAGUGGUCUGGGCUAGUAUAGUGUCCCUUUAAGCACACACUCUGACACAUACAUUCACUGAGAGACACACACUGGCAGAUACAAACUGACAGUCAUACAUACAAUGACAGACACACAGACGUCACUGACAGUCAGACACACUGAUUUGACACACAUUUAUUUCAGACACACAUUGGCAGAUACACACUUACAGUCACACACAUAUAUUCAAUGACAAACACAGACUCACUAAUUUGACACACAUACAUUCACUGACACACAUUGACUCUCAUUGUCAGACACACGGAUAGUCACACAAUCAGAGACUCUCACUGAUUUGACACACACACACACACACACACGCAUUGAUAGACACACGCAUGCAUUAACAGACACUCACAGACACACACAUAUACUCACAGAGAUACACACACACAUACAGGCAUACACUCACAGACACACACAUACACUCACAACUUAUCAAUGUAAUUAAAAGUUUUCGACCCAGCCUCCCCACCUGGAGAGCUGGUGUGGAUUCAUCCCUGGGGUCCAGUGUGGUGGGCGGCUUACCAUCUGAGGCGGCGAGGGAGCUGUGAUCUCCUUGCUCUGGUCCAUUGCGCCGCACGGGCUGUCUACUGAUGCCGGGAGCCGGAAUUACGUUAUAUUCCGGCUCCCACGGCAUCAGUAAAAGGCGCGUGAGGGAUCACAGCUCCCUCGCUGUCUCGGAUGGUAAGCCGCCCGCUGGAGGGAGGAAGGGAGGGGGGCGGGUCUCUAUUAGUUGGCCAGCAAGUCAGCUCUUGCCCCCCCAUGACAGGGGAAUGACAGGGGACGGCACAGUGGGCGUUUGGAGGUGGCAUAUUUUGCCGCCCCCUAAUUAGUGCCGCCCAUGGCAAAUGCCUAGUUUUCCUUGGGCUAAAUACAUCCCUGGGUGAAUGCUCCCCCCAUUCGGUAGUUUAUAUCUCCCGAACGCCGUUCGUAUAGGUGGUCGGGAACUUGAAUGGGCAGCAGUUCCAUCUUCACUGGUGUUUGCGAGAGUGGCUAGUCGAAAAAGUUCCAGGCGACCUGGUACCGCUACCUGCGUUCGGGAGACAAGAUGGCGGCCACCCAGGGGGGCCUUUUAGUAAUAGUUUCUGUUGUGGUUUCGUACUGGAUACUUAGUGUUCCAUGUUCUAAUGAGGUGUUGGGGUGGUCCUUCGGGAACCGAGCUAUGUGGGUGCGAACAAGCAAACAAACAUAAAAGAAACAAAUGUUACCAAACCAAGUGAUUGGGUAUUCCUUCACGAUCCUCCUUUUCCUACAGAGACCGCAAUUAUGGAAUAACCUCAGGGACACAGUCAAAUCUUCAUUCAAUCUAAAAUCUUUUAAGAGAUCUAUGGCAAUAUACCUCAGCACAGAAUGCACCUGUCAUGGCUGAAUAUAUUUAUCACCUGUUAUGUGUUAAAUUUAUACAUGUAUGUGUAUGUGUGUAUAUAUAUAUAGUUUGUAUAUUGUAUUUUGUAAUAUUGUACCAUAUUGUAUCGAAGCAAUGAUUUGUGCACCCAGGACAUACUUGAAAAUGAGAGAAAUCUCAAUGUAUCCAUCCUGGGAAAAUAUUUUAUAAAUAAAGAAAUAAAUAUCAUAUAACAUAAUUCUAGCAAUGUGUGCUUGGUGUAGAGCCUGCAGUUCCCCCUGUGGCCGCUAGGAGCAGGCAGUGGGCUCUAGGACCCAGUGAUGUGGCUGCUCUCCCAGCUGUCUGACCAUGGGAGGAGAUUGGAGAAAACAAGUUUAGUUAGCUGGCUGUGUCCCCUCUAUCUGCCCCCUCUCUCCCUCUGCAAACAUGCACACAGCCUGGGCUUGUCCCAUGCAAUCUCCCCAGCAGGGUAGCCCUCCCCCAAACUAGAGCUGCAUGCACAGCCUGCACCCUGCAGGAGGAUUGGGAGUGCUCCCCAGAGCCAGCCUCUGCAUGGAAGAGACAGAAUGCAUUGUUAAGCAGGUAUUUGCUCCCCCCAGCCAGCAGUGAGCCUGCCAGCCCUAUGUAUAGGAUUGUGGAUGUGGCCAGGGAAAGCACAUGGGCUGCUAAUGGCUGGCUGGCCCCUGCAUGCACAGCUCCCACUGGCUAUUAAGGGCAAAGGACAGGGCUAUUGCAACAGCUCCCAGUGCACAUAGUUCCUCUCUGGGCUCUGGGGUAAGACAUUAUUGCCAACUUCAGGAUACAUUGUGUCUGCUGGCAGCAGUGGGAGCUGGGGGGGGGGGGGGUUUGGACAUUGCCCAAUGUCCCCAGCUUUGAAUGUAUAGGAAUUGAAUGCAAGCUUACACCCCAAGGAGAGGCCUGCCUGCCUGUCAAUUCAUUUUUACUGCAAUUUGCAUAAAUCUUUAAUUAGCUGCUAAAUGGAACCGAUUUACUACAUUGCCACCUCUGUACUGUCUGCAGAAUGAUCUGCCUGGCUACUCUGGGUCUGCAGGCAUUGCAUGCUAUCUAGAAUUUGCAGAAUUAGCAAAACUCCCAAUAUCGUAAACUUUUUUUAUUCUCCUGCAAGUAGUCCGUCAGACUGCUUCUCCAUGCAAACUGCAGCAUUCGCAAACUAUUAAAAAAAAAAAAUCAAAAGUUCGCUUCACUUCUACUUGACGUGCCACUGUGAACUAGCAAGGAAAGUUAAUGUAUAUCGCAUACUCUCAGGUUAAGCAUGAUCUGAUAUUUUUAACUAUUUUUGGGGGGGGAGAUCGAGGUUUGAUUUGUAGCCAAAAUAACCCAACACAUAAGCCUUACAGAUAUGUGUAAGUGUAUUCAGUAACUGGAAGAUUAUAUUAAUACAUAGAAUUUUAUAAAACAGACUAGGUAUUACACAAUACGGUUUUGUUGCAGUAAAAUUCAAAUAUUGCCUUAUUGCAGAGUCUUAUUUUCUGUGGGUUUAUUUGUUAAUCUUUUCAAAAAUACUGCUGGUUUAAUUAUUCAAAAUUAAAAGUAUUAGCUAUUUUUGAAAGGGAGUCGAGUUAUUUCGUUUGAAUAGAGAAAGUGCAGUUACUUUCGGAGUAUUUUCUUACACCUUUUCCAAAGACUAGAAUCACCUUAGAGCCUGUUUAAAAUUAUCGAUUUAUUUUUCUUACUUCUGUUUAGUAUCCAAAAAGGUGAAUGGCCCAGAGCUGUAAACGGAAUUCUGCCUUGAAAUCGUGCCUUUUACUUUUAGUAAAUCUUUUUUUUGUGGGGGGGGGGGACACAGAUAUUUGGUCGAUCAGAAUUCUAUAUUUUGCAAAUAGGCAAAUGUGUUGAAUGACCAAUCUGUCAAACUUAACAAAUCAAGCUGCCAGGCAUUUUCUGUCCGAUUUUUAAAUCCCGGACAAUACUAAACUUCAGUUCCCUAUAUCCAAUUUUUUAGAAUUUUUUUUUUUUUCUUUAAUUUUUUUUUUAAUUUUAAUUUUUUUAUUAUUAUUUCUGCAUGCAUAAAUCUGCUUUCCCUGCAGUCUUAGACGGACGCCUGGAUAUUUUUAUUAUUAUUUUUAUAAUCUUUGAAACAAAGUGCAUAUUGUGGCCUCUAGUGGACCUACAGCACUAACAUAAAAUUAAAAAAAAUGGGACUAAAUAAUUUCCGCUCUCUGCUCUGAGCAUGAAGAUUUUAGUCUCAUCAAAAAGGGAAAAAAUGAUUUGUACAACAUAAAGGUUUUUUUUUGUUUGUUUUUUUUUCCUUUGGAACCCAAGACCUCACACAAUAUGGACUCUUCUUUCUCAAAUGAUGGUGCAUUGAUUCAGGACUGAACCUCUUCUUUGGAGAAUGUAUUUUUAAUUUCAGUGAUAUUCCUGCCUUUUUUUCUGUAAACUGCAAUUCAAAAAAAACUUUUUGGUUCCGUUUCAAAUUAUAUACAUUUAUUUUGUACGAAAUAAAGACAUUUUCUACACUAAGAGAACAUUUGCUGCCCCCCUUUUAGACUGCCAUGCAUGCAGUUUUUUGGACUUUUGUAUUAUUUAGAAUUUUAUGGGGGGAGUUUUUAGGUAACGAUUUUUUGGUCUGCUGCCCAGAGAUCUGAAUACAACCCAAUUAGCCAUAGACAAUACAGAAUAUUUAGGGAAUGGAUGAAGUGAAGAAAUCUGGGUAUCUGCGAAAGCAGAAAUCUAUGCGCAGAAGGUACUUUGUCCUCCGCACUGCUGGUUCCAGAGGGCCCGCACGUCUAGAGUACUACGAGAACGAGAAGAAGUUCCGAUUGGCUGAAGGGUCUGGGGUUCCGCGAGGUACGUUAAUCUUGGAAGAAGCAUUUGGGGUGAACAAACGGGCUGACGCAAAAAGGAAGCAUCUGCUGGUUCUCUACACUCGCGAUGGUGGCCUCACUGUUUCUGCAGAGGGAGAAGAGGAGCAGGAGGAAUGGUACCGUGCCAUCAUGGAGCUGCAAGAACAGGGUAAAACGAAGUGUCAUAAAAUGUGCAUAUUAUCAUGUAAGACGUUCUAGACUGUACUGCCAUUUGUGCUGAUUUGUCCACCCACAUGGAAAGCAAAGGCCAAAAUAGCUGAGUUAGAAUAAUCUCAAUCUGACUGCCGAGUUGGCAUUUUUCUUAUUUUGCUAUUUUUUGGCCAAAAGUUGGUUGGUGUAAUAAGCGCUUCUAAUGUACAUGUGAACUUUGUGUAACGUGUUAAAAAGGCAGAGAACCAAUAAACGCAGUAAUAAACUGCACCUGUCAUGCCGAACAUAACUUAAAUCACUUUAAAGAGUGUAACAUUUCAUGUAUGCAUUGUGCCAGCAAAUGGCUAUAUCAAGACUAACAGGGAUAUUCACGAAUGUGAGAAUUCAAAGUUAAUUUCAAAUUUUACGUCAAAAUAGCCCAACUGGAAACAUUCUCUGAAGUGCGUUAUGGUCUCAGUUUGGCUACUUUGUCCUUAAAUUCACGUUGAAUGCUCACUUCUUGUAAAUAACCUUGAUAUUCUGUAUUUCGGCCUUCCUGGGUUUUACUGCAUUACUAUAUGUACGCCAGUAAAGACUAACGUUCUUUACUUUAAUAAGUGAGAAUUCAACAUUUAUUAUUUAAAAUUUAAGGUCAAUAUAAAUUAAAUGAAAGCAGAUCAUUUGUAAAUUUUCGCUAGUUUGACCUUAAAUGUUGGAUUCUCUUUACAUUCACCUUGAAUUUUUGCUUUAUUAAAUGAGCAGUCUCGCACCCCACAACUUGUAGUGUGGUAGUGAGACAGCCGCACAUACAAUCGGUUUACCCUACUCAGGGCGCAGUAAUGUGCAACGUCUAAGGAGCUCUGAAUAUGAUUGUGAAGGAGUUAAACGUUUGUGGAGUUUAGGAGCCAAAGAAAUGUCGGAGCCGACCCUGUAAUUUUUCCAAGCCCUGUCCGACGGAGAUGCCAUUCUUGGCGUUGUGUAUAAUACUCUUUCUUUAGACGCCAGUGGUGAGGUUUCUUUCUUUGAAGCCAGUAUUAUUGGGGUUUAGUUAAUCCCGCUAAUAACAUUCUCUGUAUGAAAGUCAUUUAUCUCCUUGUGAUCACUUUGAUGGACAAAGUGAAAUACGAAUGGUUUGUCGGUAAAAUAAAACUGAACUCCCGAUUAGUUACGCUGUGAAAAAUGAUUGUCUUUGUCUUAAUGUUUGAGGCCUACAGAACAAUAUCAAGAACAGGCUUUUUUCGGACCUUUGGUUUUGCACGAAAGGUCUCACCUUGCCUUUCACAAUUAAACUGCUAUAUUUUCUUUAUUAUUAAAAUAAGUGUUUUUAGUUUAUAUCCCAUGUGAACCUGUCAAGGCUGAGCUUGGAAUAUGAUCUGAAACCAGUUUAUUCCCGAUGCCCACAUGCAUGGCAUCCUAGAACGAAUGUCUGAGUGUUUACUCGCGCUCGUUCGGUGUAACGAGAUAAGCCACAUACCACAUUUCUGUGCUGGGUAUUUAGUGGGGAGAUAGUGGAAUCUGCACCCAGACUUGAUGCAUAUACUAGUGUCGUAUACUUUCCUCCAUUCUUCUAUAGCCCAUACUUGCCACCAUAGCACUGCUCGCCCCAGUAGCACUGUCACCACCUCAAACUUGAUGGUUCCUCUGAAGAUUGCAGCAAUCUGAGAAGAGCGGUCAGGGGCGUGACGGGAAUAGGGAUGCUAAAUCUACUAUGGUUUUCUAAAAAACAGGGUUAGUUAAUAAAGGAAAUUUCAGAUUUACGGUCAUCAUAGCUUCACUGAAAAUGUUCUGUCCCUUAUACCUUCAGUCCAGCCGCAUUAGCCAUAGAUUAGAAAUUCACUUUGAAGUCUCACUAUAGUAAAUACCAUCAUCGUUUUUAAUACACUGAACCCCAAACUGCAAUGAGUUAAAUAAAAAAAAAUCAGUGACAUUGUGCCAUUUGAAUUUCAAAUCUCUACAUUCCAGUGUUUUUCUGUUGAUGUGCAACAGGGGGAAAGUACCUCCCUGGAAAUCUUAAGGAAGGGAGGACAUGACUGCUGGCAGGGAUAAGGGGUUGGGUCAUAAGGGGAUACAUUGUGACACAUGAGGGACAUUAAGAUGGGGGAAAAGGGGAGGGUACUCACCAGUUCCUGGGCAGAGGUGUAGAAAAAUUUUAAAUUAUUAAUUUCAUUCACUUUGCUUGCAUUUUCUAAUUACCUACCUUUCCCUCAUCUGGCAUCGGGAGAAUGGCUUCAGCUGUGUCAAAGGAUGAUGUGGUAGCCUUAUUGCAGGUGUGUGCAACAGGGGGAAAGUGCUGCCCUGCAGAUGGUGCCAUUCACGUGCCAUCCCGGGAUGCCUGCCCUGUAGUAUGCAGCAUUCAUGUGCCAUUCUAGAAUUCCUGAUAAUACUUUAAUUUCUCUCCUCUUGCAUUUGAAUACUUAUUACUGCAAGGCAGAAUUGUUGACCGGCUGUCCAUUAAUAUGCAGAAGUGCUGGUUGUGGUGGAUAAUCUGUCAGAUCAGGCCACAGUAGAUAAGAAUGAUAACUGGUAAUGUGAGAGCCCUGUAUAAUGGGGCCGUGUGUAAUGUGUAUAAUAUCUGAUCUGAUUAAAGUAUUAACCCAGCGCAUGCAGGGAUUUUUAACUCCAUUUUAAAGAUUUGUUAAGGCCUGCUCGGAGGAACACAGCCAUCCCCACGUUGUGCCAAUUAAUGUCACAAUAACAAAGCCUGUAAGGAGUCAUGGGAACAAACACCAUGUUCGCUUAGUGUUUGGGCUGCGUAGACAGCUGCGGCACGGGCCAAGAUUGACUUGGACGGGCUCCCCGGCGCUCAGCGCACACUGAGUGUCUGGGCUGCAGGCUAGAAAGCAUGACUACUGAAUGCUUAUUAACAAUAGUGUGAAUGACAUUGGCUGCUUUGUGUGAUUCUGAGAAAAUAUGCUUAAUGGCACAGCUUUCCUUUUCUCCCCAUUCAUCACUGAGUGUGUCUGUGCUGUACCUGUGCUGUGUAUACAUGGCAUCGUGUAGUAGUGUGUGAGGGGAGGCUGGCACUGUCGCUGUCUGUGCUGUACCUGUGCUGUGUAUACAUGGCAUGGUAUAGUAGUGUGUGAGAGGAGACUGGCACUGCCGCUGUCUGUACUGUACCUGUGCUGUGUAUACAUGGUAUGGUGUAGUAGUGUGUGAGGGGAGGCUGGCACUGUCGCUGUCUGUGCUGUACCUGUGCUGUGUAUACAUAGCAUGGUAUAGUAGUGUGUGAGAGGAGACUGGCACUGCCGCUGUCUGCGCUGUACCCGUGCUGUGUAUACAUGUCAUGGUGUAGUAGUGUGUGAGGGGAGGCUGGCACUGCCGCUGUCUGUGCUGUACCUGUGCUGUGUAUACAUGUCAUGGUGUAGUAGUGUGUGAGGGGAGGCUGGCACUGCCGCUGUCUGUGCUGUACCUGUGCUGUGUAUACAUGGCAUGGUGUAGUAGUGUGUGAGGGGAGGCUGGCACAGCCGCUGUCUGCGCUGUACCUGUGCUGUGUAUACAUGGCAUGGUGUAGUAGUGUGUGAGGGGAGGCUGGCACUGCCGCUGUCUUCGCUGUACCUGUGCUGUGUAUACAUGGCAUGGUGUAGUAGUGUGAGGGGAGACUGGCACUGUCGCUGUGUAUACAUGGCAUGGUGUAGUAGUGUGUGAGGGGAGGCUGGCACUGCAGCUGUCUGUGCUGUACCUGUGCUGUGUACACAUGGCAUGGUGUAGUAGUGUGUGAGGGCAGGCUGGCACUGUCACUGUCUGUACUGUACCUGUGCUGUGUAUACAUGGCAUGGUGUAGUAGUGUGUGAGGGGGAGGCUGGCACUGCCGCUGUCUGCGCUGUACCUGUGCUGUGUAUACAUGGUAUGGUGUAGUAAUGUGUGAGGGCAGGCUGGCACUGUCGCUGUCUGCGCUGUACCUGUGCUGUGUAUACAUGGCAUGGUGUAGUAGUGUGUGAGGGGAGGCUGGCACUGCCGCUGUCUGCGCUGUACCUGUGCUGUGUAUACAUGGCAUGGUGUAGUAGUGUGUGAGGGGGAGGCUGGCACUGCCGCUGUCUGUGCUGUACCUGUGCUGUGUAUACAUGGCAUGGUGUAGUAGUGUGUGAAGGGAGGCUGGCACUGCCGCUGUCUGCGCUGUACCUAUGCUGUGUAUGCAUGGCGUAGUAGUGUGUGAAGGGAGGCUGGCACUGCUGCUGUCUGCGCUGUACCUGUGCUGUGUAUACAUGGCAUGGUGUAGUAGUGUGUGAGGGGAGACUGGCACUGCCGCUGUACCUGUGCUGUGUAUACAUGGCAUGGUGUAGUAGUGUGUGAGGGGAGACUGGCACUGCCGCUGUACCUGUGCUGUACCUGUGCUGUGUAUACAUGGCAUGGUGUAGUAGUGUGUGAAGGGAGGCUGACACUGCCGCUGUCUGUGCUGUACCUGUGCUGUGUAUACAUGGCAUGGUGUAGUAGUGUGUGAGGACUGGACUGCCGCUGUACCUGGCACUGCCAUGGCAUGGUGUAGUAGUGUGUGAGGGGAGGCUGGCACUGCCGCUGCCGCUGUCUGCACUGUACCUGUGUGUUGUAUACAUGGCAUGGUGUGCUGUGUGUGAGGGGAGGCUGGCACUGCCGCACUCUGUGCUGUGUAUACAUGGAAUGGUGUAGUAGUGUGUGAGGGGAGGCUUGCCCUGCCACACUCUGUGCUGUGGUUUAGUAAUGUGUGAGGGGAGGCUGGCACUGCCACUGUCUGUACUGUACCUGUGCUGUGUAUACAUGGCAUAGUUUAGUAGUGUGUGAGGGGAAGCUGGCACUGCCACUGUCUGUACUGUGUAUACAUGGCAUGGUGUAGUAGUGUGUGAGGGGAGGCUGGCACUGCCGCUGUCUGUACUGUACCUGUGCUGUGUAUACAUGGCAUGGUUUAGUAGUGUGUGAGGGGAAGCUGGCACUGCCACUGUCUGUGCUGUGUAUACAUGGCAUGGUGUAGUAGUGUGUGAGGGGAGGCUGGCGCUGCUGCUGUCUGCACUGUACCUGUGUGGUGUAUACAUGGCAUGGUGUGCUGUGUGUGAGGGAAGGCUGGCACUGCCGCUGUCUGUACUGUUCCUGUGCUCAGGGCCGUCUUUAAUAACGAAUGGACCCUGGGCAAGUGUUUGCUUGGGCCCCCUGUGCCCUGCCGCUCUCGCCCCUCACUCCCUGGUAUGCAAUCACGGCAUCCAUCCCAACGCAGUGGCGGUACUAAAGUAGAAUUAAUUUUAUUGGGACCCCCAAUUGCAAGGUUGGACUAAAGGUAGAACCCCAUCUGUCGUGCAACUCCAACAAUGCUUUGACAGCUGGGACUCUACCAAUUUCCCAUGCUUGCAGGGUUGUAUUUAGCACUGAGCCAUGUUAGUAUGUUUGAAUGUAAGCAUGUGUUUGUAUGGAGUAUGUUUGUGUGAAUGUGUUUGUAUGUGGUACUGGAGUUUGAAUGCAAGUGUGCAUUUAUGUGUAGUGUUUGUUUUUGAAUGUAGGAGUGUGCUUGUAUGUAGUGUUGACGUUUCAAUGCAGGAGUGUGUUUUAUAUGUAGUGUUGAAGUUUGAAUGGAGGGGUGUAUUUGUAUUUAAAGUUGCGGCUCAGAUGCACAGGUACACACUCUGACGCACAAGCAGAUACACAGAUACAUACACUGACUACAUACAGAUAAACAGGCACAUACACUGACAGACACACUGACACAGGUACAUAUAUUGACACAUACACUGGUAGACGUACUGACAGACAUACUGACACAGGCACAUAUACAGACAUACUGACACACACACACACAGACACAUACACUGAUCAACAUACUGACAUACAUACACUGACAGAAAUACUGACACACACACACAGGCACAUAAACUGAUAUACUGACACACACACACACACACAGACAUACUGGCACACAGACAGAUAUACUGACACAUGCAUACACAUGCACUAACAGACAUACUGACACAUACACAGAUAUACACACACAUAUAUACUGACACACAGACAGACAGACAUGCUGACACACACAGACAUGCUCACACACUGCACACACACACUAACACACACACACUAACACACACACACACUAACACACACACACACACACACACACACACACACACACACUACACACACACACACACACACAGACGCUGACACACACAGACGCUGACACACACAGACGCUGACACACACAGACGCUGACACACACAGACACUAACACACACAGACACUAACACACACAGACACACAUUUUUUUAAAAAAAAUGUAAUCUCCCCAGCCUCCUUACCUUUUGGAGUGCUGGGUGGGAUUCCCUGGGGUCCAGUGGUGCUGCUGACGUCAUCUUCCGGCUCCGGUAUCAGUGCGGUGUGCGAGGGAGCUGAAGAGGAAGCACUGAGUGCUCCCUCGCGCGCCCGCCUUCCUGCCCGACCGGCCACCGGCCCGCCGGGGUCAGCAGGGCCAGCCUCGGGGGGCCCUGGGGUGGCCGCCUCCUGGGCCCCCCAGGGGAAGACGCUGGCCUUGUGGGUGCAUACCAGGGUCGCAGCCGCGACCCUGGUAUGUACGCCACUGCCCUAAGUGCAUGGGCCACCCGGUGGGACUCAGAGGAUGGGGAAAAAAAUUAAUUGAUGAGGGCAGCGGGGCCCACGGGGCAGGUGCCUCGGGCCCCCCAAGAGAAACUGGGCCCGGGGCAGCUGCCCCGUUUGCCCCGCGUUAAAGACGGCCCUGCCUGUGCUGUGUAUACAUGGCAUGGUGUAGUAGUGUGUGAGGGGAGCUGGCACUGCCGCUGUCUGUGCUGUGUAUACAUGGCAUGGUGUAGUAGUGUGUGAGGGUAGGCUGGCACUGUUGCUGUCUGUGCUGUACCUGUGCUGUGUAUACAUGGCAUAGUGUAGUAGUGUGUAAGGGGAGGCUGGCACAGCCGCUGUCUGCGCUGUACCUGUGCUGUGUAUACAUGGCAUAGUGUAGUAGUGUGUGAGGGGAGGCUGGCACUGCCGCUGUCUGCGCUGUACCUGUGCUGUGUAUACAUGGCAUGGUGUAGUAGUGUGUGAGGGGAGGUUGGCACUGCCCCUGUCUGCGCUGUACCUGUGCUGUGUAUACAUGGCAUAGUGUAGUAGUGUGUAAGGGGAGGCUGGCACUGCCGCUGUCUGCGCUGUACCUGUGCUGUGUAUACAUGGCAUGGUUUAGUAAUGUGUGAGGGGAGGCUGGCACUGCCCCUGUCUGUACUGUACCUGUGCUGUGUAUACAUGGCAUGGUGUAGUAAUGUGUGGGGAGGCUGCCACUGUCUUUGCUGUACCUGUGCUGUGUAUACAUGGCAUGGUGUAGUAGUGUGUGAAGGGAGGCUGGCACUGUUGCUGUCUGUGCUGUACCUGUGCUGUGUAUACAUGGCAUGGUGUAGUAGUGUGUGAAGGGAGGCUGGCACUGCCGCUGUCUGUGCUGUACCUGUGCUGUGUAUACAUGGCAUGGUGUAGUAGUGUGUGAGGGGAGCUGGCACUGCCGCUGUCUGUGCUGUGUAUACAUGGCAUGGUGUAGUAGUGUGUGAGGGGAGACUGGCACUGCCGCUGUCUGCGCUGUACCCGUGCUGUGUAUACAUGGCAUGGUGUAGUAGUGUGUGUGAGGGGGAGGCUGGCACUGCCACUGUCUGUGCUGUACCUGUGCUGUGUAUACAUGGCAUGGUGUAGCAGUGUGUGUGAGGGGAGGCUGGCACUGUUGCUGUCUGUGCUGUACCUGUGCUGUGUAUACAUGGCAUGGUGUAGUAGUGUGUGAGGGGGAGGCUGGCACUGCUACUGUCUGUGCUGUGUAUACAUGGUGUAGUAGUGUGUGAGGGGAGCUGGCACUGCCGCUGUCUGUGCUGUGUAUACAUGGUGUAGUAGUGUGUGAGGGGAGGUUGGCACUGUCCCUGUCUGCGCUGUACCUGUGCUGUGUAUACAUGGCAUAGUGUAGUAGUGUGUAAGGGGAGGCUGGCACUGCCGCUGUCUGCGCUGUACCUGUGCUGUGUAUACAUGGCAUGGUUUAGUAAUGUGUGAGGGGAGGCUGGCACUGCCACUGUCUGUACUGUGUAUACAUGGCAUGGUGUAGUAAUGUGUGAAGGGAGGCUGGCACUGUUGCUGUCUGUGCUGUACCUGUGCUGUGUAUACAUGGCAUGGUGUAGUAGUGUGUGAGGGGAGGUUGGCACUGCCCCUGUCUGCGCUGUACCUGUGCUGUGUAUACAUGGCAUAGUGUAGUAGUGUGUAAGGGGAGGCUGGCACUGCCGCUGUCUGCGCUGUACCUGUGCUGUGUAUACAUGGCAUGGUUUAGUAGUGUGUGAGGGGAGGCUGGCACUGCCCCUGUCUGUACUGUACCUGUGCUGUGUAUACAUGGCAUGGUUUAGUAGUGUGUGAGGGGAAGCUGGCACUGCCACUGUCUGUGCUUUACCUGUGCUGUGUAUACAUGGCAUGGUGUAGUAGUGUGUGAAGGGAGGCUGGCACUGUUGCUGUCUGUGCUGUACCUGUGCUGUGUAUACAUGGCAUGGUGUAGUAGUGUGUGAGGGGAGGCUGGCACCGCCGCUGUCUGUGCUGUACCUGUGCUGUAUACAUGGCAUGGUUUAGUGUGUGUGAGGAGGCUGGCACUGCCACUGUCUGUGCUGUGUAUACAUGGCAUGGUGUAGUAGUGUGUGAAGGGAGGCUGGCACUGUUGCUGUCUGUGCUGUACCUGUGCUGUGUAUACAUGGCAUGGUGUAGUAGUGUGUGAAGGGAGGCUGGCACUGUUGCUGUCUGCGCUGUACCUGUGCUGUGUAUACAUGGCAUGGUGUAGUAGUGUGUGUGAGGGGAGGCUGGCACUGUUGCUGUCUGUGCUGUACCUGUGCUGUGUAUACAUGGCAUGGUGUAGUAGUGUGUGAGGGGAGGCUGGCACCGCCGCUGUCUGUGCUGUACCUGUGCUGUGUAUACAUGGCAUGGUGUAGUAAUGUGUGAGAGAUGUGUUUGUUAAAGUUUACUGGUUUGGAUCACGGACAGGUGUGAUAUAACACAUUUCAGGGUUCGGAUCGCAUUGUUACGCUUUGCUGUGAGCAACGUGUUGAGAUGUCCUGGGGUUACAGGUCUUCCCCUCACACCCUGCAAUCUCCUAAGAAAGGCCAGUUUCAGCUUUCGAAAUUGAUAAUGCUUCCGAUCCGCCUCUGCUGGGAAUUUCGGAUCAUCAGAUUAGCAUUUUGCUCAGAGCAGUUGCUAAUUGGCUGAUUUACAUGUUAAACACUUGUUUUACAAACCCCGAGGACCGAGCUUUAACCCCUGUGAGAUGUAAAGUGUUGAAAGUGCACACGCUCAGUCUUAUUUCUAUGUUCCGUGUGCGCCGAUCCCAGGAGAUUUCCCUGAAAUAUCUGUUUGCAAUGUGCUGCGUGCUUCUUUUAAUAUAACAGGACGUCACAGACUGCGUUCAGCGGACAUGGGGGGGAUAUUGAUUAAAUAUAUAGAAUGUGUUGCUGUAUUUUUUAGUGUAAUAUAAAUUUAAUGGUUGAUAGACACCCCAUCAAUUUUGAGGUGUGGCUCUCCUGCAUGAUCCACACCCUAAUAUCUCUAACUAGGCCCGAAUCCUGACUCCUGGUUGCCAGGGUUACGGAGCUAGUUCACGGAAAAGGUGUGUUGCUAUGGCUAUACUGGCGUCACUGGACUUGUUUUUCUGCAGAGGGUCUAUAUUAACUCCUUGCCUCUGGGUCCUUGCCUCCAUCACUAGGUAACUACAACCCUGGAUGGCUCUGGGUGAUGAGAUUUGUAUCAGGAGUCUGGCUCGCACUGCUGGACAUGGCAAAGACAUGCAUUAACCCCCUGCGCUUCUCUCAAUGUGACUGUGGGGGGGGGGGGCGCUUAGCUCCUGCCUGUCCACCGAGGGUGACUUAUCACCCCAAGAAUGGACACGACAGAUCUUUUUACAGUAGUAUGGGAGAGAAACCUCCAGGUACCCUAAUACCAUGCCGUAAUAUGGCUGUCUAGCUCUCCUGCUAGCCACUCUGUGGCCAUGCAAGUUAACCCCUUUGCGGAAGUGCAACCCCGCUUUCGGGAGCAUGAUUGGGUUGUCAUUAACAAGUUGUCGUUCUGGGCUGGCUAAUGCCAAUUUUGAUGCGCGGACACUGUCAUUGGCGGUCACCUUAUGCUCUCCGCCAGUGAAUAAAUGGCAUAAUCAACAACGCCUUGCAGCUCCGUAUAUCCUAAACCUGCCUAGAGAGGAGAUCCAGCACCUGCUACCUAAGAGUUAAAACUGUUGUAAAAUGGCUUAUCUCAUUACCAGGUAGACAGCGCCAGGGUACUCCUAACACCAUAACCACUACUGCGGGGAUGAUGGUUGGAGUAGCUCUUUACAAACUCUGUUUCUUCCAGGCACACACGUACGUGUAAGUUAUAAAAAGGAUAUACCUAUGGUCCUGUACUCUGAAGGUCGAUUUCCUAAUUGUAGGGGAUGGUUGGAAGACGGGUGGCAUGUGUUGGCAUGUGUCUUCUGUAGGGAGAGCAGCGUGCCUCCGCCCUAAAUUUUAUUGUGCCAGUCUCAUCUUUACUUGCCAGGCUGCCUCCACUCCCUGUCCGCGCCGGGCCCCUUUAGUAGGUCUCAGCCAGGAGCAGAUACUGUGCAAUGAUACAUGCACAGGGGGGAGAGACAGUACAAAUCUGGGUUUUUGGCCCUCUGUUCCUCCUGGGGCUGAGGAUUAUUGGUCCUAAAUUCGUAAUGUCACGCUAGGUGCAGAGUUUUUGUAUGUAUAAGACGGAGUUCAAAUAGCGAGAUAGAUUAGGGACCGUAAUAGAGGUAUGGUGGGGGCUGAGCGAGAAUCGUGGGAUUGUCUGCUCAGUGGAAUAAUAACGGAUGAUGAUGAUGAUAAUAAUAAUAAUAAUAAUAAUAAUAAUAAUGGUAACUUUUUUCCAAACUCUUUGCUUUUCUGUUUUUACCCCAUUUUCUUUACACCUUACAGAGAUAGUGUGGGGCUCCUGAUAUGGAUAGAGACUGGAUUUAUUUUACAUUAAAUCAUACAAAACCGGUUGGCUCCUUGAUUUGUCUGCCUGGCUCCUGAAUUCUUCAAACCUUUGUCCACAUUCUCCUCAGACAUGAGAUCUGUCGAGAUAAAAGAAGUGUUUUCCGUGUGUAUAUGAGUAAAAUGAUUGUUUAAUGCUUUUAGAUGAUUAAAAGUAAAUCUAUUUUGUAAUCGAGGCAGUAUUGUAAUAUAAAAUUUAUUAAUGACUUUGUUGUAUUUUCUCCUUUCUUAGCUCGAGCCUUGACGUUGUCUUCUUCAGAGUGUACUGUAUGGCCAGGUCCACCCUUUCGAGAGGUAUGGCAGGUCAGCUUGCGUCCCCGAGGUUUGGGGCAGACUCGCAACCUAUCUGGGACGUACCGGCUAUGCCUCACUGAGCGUACCCUGAGCUUGCUUCGCUUGCGCUCGGAGACGCCUUCCGUCACGCUCCAGCUAAUGAAUGUACGUCGCUGUGGUCAUUCCGACAACUUCUUUUUCGUUGAGGUGGGACGAUCGGCCGUCACUGGUCCCGGUGAGCUGUGGAUGCAGGUAAUGUGGUGGUCUUAAACAUUCGAUCAUAGCACAAACUAAAACAAAGGCUUGAAAUGAUAUUAAACAUAUUUAGAUGAGAUUGCUGGUAAUAUUAGAUUUCUAUCUAAUGUCUCGCCACCUCCUCGUGUACCGACUCUCUGAAUUUCUUUGAUUUUGCUUUAUAAUAUUAAAGUUUCUUUUUCUUUGCUGGAGAUUAAAAUUAGAGCCUUUAUUUUGUUAAACCGUAGGAGGGGAGAUCAGUGUCUAUUUUCUCCUCUAUGCUGGUGGGAGCGGUAUGUAUCCUAAACCAACCACAGAAACUUUAAACUACAAAUUUAACUCCUUGACGGAUGUAGGACGUGUCAUUCCGUCCGAACGAUACCUAGAAUGGGCUUUAAAUUCCUAUUAAAGUGUAAGCACAGUUAAAUCCCUGCUCACACCACUCUCCCCAGGUAUCAAUGGAUAUCAUGGAAGGAUCCCCCAGCCUGUUACCAGCCAAUUGGAACUGGUGCUGGGCUUUGCAAGCUACCCAGCACCAAUCUCUAAAUAAUCGUCCGGAAGCCAGGCUUUAUUUAGAAUUGCAAUGUGUAAUUCUAAAAGCUGCCAGUAGAUGGUGGCAACAUACCACCAGCUAAUGUGUUCUAUAUCAGAAAUGAUAUUGGCAGUGGGUUAAGGUUAGGGUUGGGGUAAGAGUAAGGUAGGGUUACAGGUAGUAUUGGGUAAGGUUAAUGUUUGGUAUGGGUUAUUGUUGUCUUAGUGUUCUAGAUAGUGUAGGGUUGAAUUUAAGGGUAAGAUUACAGUAGGCAUUGGGUAAUUGGUAUGGUUGGUAUAGGGUUAGCAUUACGUUCAAUCCUAAAUUUAUUAGGCAUUUAAAAAUCAGGACUGAUACAUUCAUCGAUUUUUGAGUUCUUUUUAAUUGGUUGCACUGAAUGUGUAAAAUAUUUGUAUUUCAGCACAUAGUAAGAGCCGGCGAGAUGUUUUUUUUUUUUGUUUGUUUUUUUUUAGGGACCAUCCACUUCUCACACUCGUAGUCUUUUCUAUAGCAAAACGAUUCCUCUGGUGAACUCAUCCCAACAUGAAAGCAAAGCAAACUAUAAUAUAACCCUCGCCAAAGGAAGCGUAAAACAAAGCUUUUCUUUUAGAAAACGUGUAAAAGACAGGUUUUCCUUUGUAACGUGCCAGUAACUUAAAUUCUUUUGAUGUUUGCUGAUGUUUUGAGAACCAACAGCUGAGAUACUUUAUUAGUUUUCCGAUUUGUUGUGGCGAAAGCGUUCAGAUCCUCUGUCAACUACUAAUCAUUGAUGGAUUUGACCAAAGCAAAAUAUUUAAAGUCCCACUUUGCUCCAGCAUUUGUACUCACCCUACUGAGAAACGAAGUUCUCUGCACAACCCCCGGUCAGUCCAUUUGCCUGGGCCUGUAUGUUGUCAUCCCUUCCCCCAGUAGUUCUGCACUGGAGCCUACACAGAUAAAUGUGUGUCUAGUUCUUUGUAAAUAGCAUAGAAUAUGAACACGUUAGGACAUUAGCAGCUGGCUUUCCUUUCGAAAUACAGGUUUCUGGUUUUAGCCAGAAAACACGAUUUACUGCACGAAGGGAUAAUACCUGCAUUUGGUCAGUCUGUUUUACAUUCUGGCAGCAUUUCAGGGAUCAGCAUUCCUAAAUAUACCAGCAAAUCCCUCCAAUAUAUAAGUGGAUAUUUGACAUUUUAAAAUACAAAAUUAAGCCCUGUGCUCAAACUUCCACUACUCCUAGACUGCAGCAAAGACUAUAGUACACAUCAGUCCCAAUAAAUACCAUAAAAACCAAAGAAAAGAGUUAUUGGCACACUAUCCCAAAUCCCUAUGCACAUUUUAAAGGAACACUAUAUGUAUUCCUGACCCUAUAGUGUUUAAAAACUCCAUUUAGUUCCCCUGCCCCUCACCCCCCACCCCGCACUCACUAAAUAUAGUAAAAUCUUACUGUUGUUCAAGUCUGCAGCUACUGGCUCUGUCCCUGAUCUGCCAGCUUGGCUAACAUCAUCAGAAGUGGUAGCCUGAUCCAAUCACAGUGCUUCCCCAUAGGAGUGGCUGAGGCUGACAAGGAGGCAGAUCAGGGGCAGAGCCAGCAUGAUUCAAACACAGCCCUGGCCAAUCAGCAUCUCCUCAUAGAGAUGAAUUGAAUCAAUGUAUCUCUAUGAGGAAAGUUCAGUGUCUGCAUGCAGAGGCAGGAGACACUGAAUGUUUGGAUGCAUUUUAGGCAGCCAUGAUCCAGGAAGGAUCUCUAACAGCUAUCUGAGGAGUGGCCAGUGAAGUUAUCACUAGGCUGUAAUGUUAACACUGCAUUUUCUCUGAAAAGACACUGUUUACUGCAAAAAGCCUGAAGGUAAUGAUUCUACUCAGCAGAACAAAUUCAAUAAGCUGUAGUUGUUCUGGUGACUGUAGUGUCCCUUUAAAUAACUGGAAGGUUUUUUUUGUUUUUGUGUUUUGUUUUUUUACAUUUUUAAAUGAUAUAUUUAUUUUUUUUACAUCCAAAUUCUCAACGACGGUUUCCUAAGGGAUACGUAACUGAUCAAACUGUUGCCAUUAGUAAAGUGGCGUGAUGUCCCUGUGGAUCCCGUUGGUCACAGUUAACAUGUAAAAAUCAUUCCCACUUUUAAUGACUGCAUUUCAAAAAUCUCGCCUUCCCCAUAUAUCCUUUUCAUACUUUAUGCCUUCCAAAAUUUAAGGUAACGGUGAACAAAUAGGUCGCCAUCACAUUCUUCUGAUAGCAGAACAAUGCUGUUUUUUGUGCAUGCUAAUUAUUUAACCAGAGUAGUGUUUGUUAUUGGGUUUUAGGAACCUGCCCUGUUUUAAGGUUAAAGUGACCAGGAGUUACUUGGGAAAAAUGUAUUUCUUAAGAGUGCCAUGUACUUUAACACAUUUCAAGUACAUUUAUUUAAAAAAAAAAAAAAAAAGUUAACUGUUCUGCCGAAGCUGUACAAGUCUUGACACAAAUGGGCCAUAGAUUUCUAGAACGCUGCGAGUCCCAAACUCUUCCAGUUUGUGUUUAAUGCACUGGAAAUGAAUCAAAUCUGUUGCCAACUUAUCCUUGCAUUAGAAGUUUAGAAGCACAACCCAGUAAAAAGUCCCCAGGGUUUACAUUUUAUAUUAUUACAAGAUAGGAGAUUGAGACUUCAGUUUCUCCCUUAUGUGUAUGUGUUGUCAUACUAAUGACUAGUCUCCCUCGUAUUUUAGGUGGAAGACUCUGUUGUUGCUCAAAAUAUGCACGAAACCAUUUUGGAGGCUAUGAAAUCCCUUAGUGAAGAAUUUCGUCCACGCACCAAGAGUCAAUCCCUCUCCUCCACUCCAAUCACAGUUCCAUCUCGCCGUCACCAUCCAAACCCUCCUCCACCCAGCCAGGUGGGUUUUUCUCAGCGCUCUAAAGCUGAAGCAAACAUUGACAGUUCUCCUGCGCCAAAAUGCCACUCUUCCCCUGGAAACCAGAGCCCUCCAGAGGAAGAGGAAGAAAAACGUCCACGAGUGGAAACAACUCGCACCUCUGCUGACUACGGAUCUGCUUCAUCAGAUGAGUAUGGCUCUAGCCCCAGCCAAUUCGAGCCUCAAGCUUUUCUACCGCCUUCUCCAGUGUCUGGAGAAACCAACUACAUUUCAAUGGCACAGAAUAGGAGGAAAUCUGUAGUUGCAGAUACUACUGCUGCCACCGGACCUGCUGAAGAGGAAGGAGGUAGAGUGGCACAGUUUGAAGAAGAGGAAAAGUAUGCUAUGAUGGGCAAAUGCGAACAUAGAGAAGCCGGUUACAUGCCCAUGUUACCUGGUACCAGAUGCCAAGAUUACAUGCCUAUGACCCCCAAUAGUAUCUCACCACCUGCACCCGUGGAAACAGCUGGCUAUGUUAUGAUGUCUCCUCUCGGCAGCUGUUCUCCUGAGACCGAGCGAGCCAGCUGGCUUCCCUCUGGGGAAAUUUUUGUUGGCAGUGAGGAUAGCCACUCUUCUGAUUAUAUGAAUAUGUGGCCACUCAGCCGCUCGGCCUCCAUCACCCCACCACCACAUGAGUCCUCUUUUGAGAAAGCAUCAAGGGUCCCUACAUCUUAUCGUUCAUUGCCUCGUUCAUACAAGAUGGAUCCAACACAUGCAGCCCACCACUCUGGCUCAUCUUCUGACAGUCUGGAAGAGGCUGUUGGGGAAAAAAUUCGCAGGCCUCUCAGUGUUUCUGUGGACUCAUGGAGAACAAGCAGCCUGGCCAGGAACUAUCGUAGACCACCAAGCCCUGGGGAGUAUGUCCGAAUUCACUUCAGUGCCAAUCAUGAAAAGACCACCUCUAAGGAAGUAGCCAUUCAUCAGAAUGAAUACAUUGACAUGGAAACACAGCACGCCCAAGCCCCCAAUGGAGGUUACACAGAAAUGGUUUUUGAACCUAAAAUUAAACCAACAUCUGGGAAUGAAAUGGGACAGUCUCUAAGGCGAGUUACAGAAAACUCCUUUUUCUCUAUGCCUACUACAGAAACAAAGAGUAGACCUGCUAUAGAAAAGGCUUUAAUAGCAACUUCAGCCUUAGAAAAAUCUUUCAAACCCACUGCAGAUAUGACUUUUUGGCCUUCUGUGCCAAUGGAAAUGUGUUCUAAUGCCAAAUUGGGAUCUGAGAAUUCUACGGAGCAUCCAUUCGGGUUCAUAGAAAAGGCCUUGGCAGUGCGUCCAAGCUCAGAGGAUGGAGAUAUAAGGUGUUUGGUUUCUGCUGUCACAGCAUGUGGUCUCCACAAGGGGCAGGAUCGCACAAAGUCAGCAAGGGCUGAUCUACCUUCACGUAUAAGGCACUGCUCUGAUACCUCAAGCAACGUGCCCUCCACAGCCUGCAAUGGAAACCGCUCACCGGCACAGGAGUCUGGUCUCAAUUAUAUUGAUCUGGACCUGGCCAAAGAUGGAGGUGCUCUGCCCUCUUCUGUGCUGGUGGGUCCAACUGUGACGCAGCCAACAAAAAAUGGACUGCUAGGAGCUAUUCCUUGUAGCAACACCUAUGCCAGCAUCGACUUUCAGAUGUCAGGAGAACUAAGAAGAGACAGCAGGGAUGGAACAGGUAUGGAGAAACAUGACACCUAGAGACAUAUGAGAAAUUAGUGACCACUGCAUGAAUGGGAUGCGAAAAGAGUAGCAGGGCAGAAUGGAGGUAUACUGACAGAGCUGUAUGUGGGGUCAAUACAGGAAUAGCAGACAGAGCUGCAGGGCAGGAUGGAGGUGCAGUGACAGAGCUGUGUGUGGGGUCAGUACAGGAAUAGCAGAGAGCUGCAUGGCAGGAUGGAGGUGCAGUGACAGAGCUGUAUGUGGGGUCAAUACAGGAAUAGCAGAGAGUGCUGCAGGGCAGGAUGGAGGUGCAGUGACAGAGCUGUGUGUGGGGUCAGUACAGGAAUAGCAGAGAGAGCUGCAGGGCAGGAUGGAGGUGUAGUGACAGAGCUGUGUGUGGGGUCAGUACAGGAACAGCAGAGAGAGCUGCAGGGCAGGAUGGAGGUGUAGUGACAGAGCUGUGUGUGGGGUCAGUACAGGAAUAGCAGAGAGAG